AUGAAUGAGAAGAAAGAACGCGGACGGGAGGAAAGGCGCUUGAAGAAGGAAGAGGAGAGGAGAAAGAGGGUUGCAAGCCUAGAGCUAGAUGAGGAAUCCACCUUCAUAAGGGAAGACAAGGGGGAAUCAGCGCAACUUAGAGAACCAGCGCAUCUUGAAACAAUGCAAAUGGUUGCGACUGACGAAGGAGAAAAAGGAGAUACUACCCCCUUGAUGCGGCAUCGCAAGGAGAAUGUGCCGCAAGGUAGUCGAAGGAAAAGAUUACAAGAUGAGGAGGUGCGCCGCAAUAAUGAAAUAUCGAGAGUCAAAGAAAUAAGGAAGCUCGAAGAGGAACAAUGCCUUUUGUUGGCCUCCGAUAAGUUUGAAAAAGAGUUUGAAAUAGAAGAGAGAGAAGAGGCAGAAGAAAAGAAUAAGAAGGCAGAAGGAGAGAAAAAGAAGAAGGACGAGAAGAAGAAGAAGCGCCAAGCAAACGUGCAACGCUUAACAAGGAAGAAGGGAAAAGAACUUGCUGAACGGGAAAAAGAGGAACAACGCAAGGAGCGAGAAAGGAAACGAAGGCAGAAAUCCCGCCUUGCAUUGACCAAGGAAAAGGGCAAAGUAGUCGUAGAGAACAACAAGCCCGCAUUGGCAAAGGGGCGUCCAUCAAGAAAGAAGGAGAACGAUGACUUGCUGAUAGAGAUGGGCUUUUUCCCUGUGCCAACGCCACUACCAGACCUGAUUACGAGCAUGAUCGUAGAACGUGGAUGGGACACAUUUUUCCAGUGCAUUGAGGAAGAGCCAAUGGCAGAAGUUCACGGCCUAAUAAACGUCAAGAUUUUGAGGUUGCUUCUCAAAGAUUCCCCACACUACCCGGAGCUCCCUUUAAAGAGGCCCAACAUUGAUUUGAAUGCGCCGCAAGAACCCAAGCCGAAGAAACAGCGCAGAGACGACAAGGGAAAGGAGAAAAUCUAA